AUGGCCCCCUUCUUACGGAUAUCUUUCAACUCAUUUGAGCUGGGACCUGUGCAGAAUCAAGGGGAACAAUUACAGCCUUUCUGUGCUAUCAAGAUGAAGGAAGCAUUGACUACAGAGAGAGGAAAAACUCUAGUUCAGAAGAAACCUACCAUGUAUCCAGAAUGGAAAUCAACUUUUGACGCCCACAUUUAUGAAGGACGGGUGAUUCAGAUUGUUCUCAUGAAAGCAGCAGAAGAGCCAUUAUCUGAGGUGACUGUAGGUGUGUCGGUCCUGGCAGAACGGUGCAAGAAAGGCAACGGCAAAGCAGAAUUCUGGCUUGACCUACAACCUCAGGGGAAGGUGCUGAUGGCUGUGCAGUAUUUUUUGGAAGAUGCAGACUGCAAACAGUCAAUGAGGGAAGAGGAGGGGACAGUAACUAUGAACAGGAGAGGAGCUAUCAAGCAAGCCAAAAUCCACUACAUCAAAAAUCAUGAAUUUAUUGCUACCUUCUUUGGACAACCUACAUUUUGCUCUGUCUGCAAAGACUUUGUAUGGGGACUCAACAAGCAGGGAUACAAAUGUAGGCAAUGCAAUGCUGCUAUUCAUAAGAAAUGUAUUGAUAAAAUCAUUGGGAGGUGUACUGGUACUGCAGCCAACAGCAGGGACACAAUGUUUCAAAAGGAACGUUUCAACAUUGACAUGCCUCAUCGCUUCAAAGUUUACAACUACAUGAGCCCUACCUUCUGUGACCACUGCGGCAGCCUGCUCUGGGGCCUGGUCAAACAAGGACUCAAAUGCGAAGAAUGUGGGAUGAAUGUGCAUCAUAAAUGCCAGAAGAAGGUGGCAAACUUAUGUGGAAUAAACCAGAAGUUGCUAGCUGAAGCUUUAAAUCAAGUUAGCCAGAAAUCUACACGAAGGUCCGAUUCUGGAUCUGUAGAAAGUGUUGGUAUUUAUCAAGAUUUUGAUAAGAAACCUAGAGCUCCAGGAGGAGAUACAACAGCAGAUAACAGCGAGUACGAUAAACUCUGGGAGGGAAGCACAGCCAGGACAGCGUCACGAAUUGCAAUCAGGAGAAAAUUCAACAUAGACAGCUUUGUCUUCCAUAAAGUACUAGGGAAAGGAAGUUUUGGAAAGGUUCUGCUUGCUGAGCUGAAAGGGAAGAACGAAUUCUUUGCUAUCAAAGCUCUGAAAAAAGAUGUGGUGCUAAUUGAUGAUGAUGUGGAAUGUACCAUGGUGGAAAAGCGGGUCCUCGCACUUGCAUGGGAAAAUCCAUUUCUCACGCAUCUUUACUGCACGUUUCAGACAAAGGAUCAUCUGUUCUUCGUUAUGGAGUUCCUGAAUGGAGGAGACCUGAUGUUCCACAUACAAGACAAGGGGCGUUUUGAUCUCUACAGAGCAACGUUUUAUGGAGCUGAAAUUUUAUGUGGGCUACAGUUUCUUCACAGCAAAGGCAUUAUUUAUAGAGACCUAAAACUGGACAAUGUGAUGCUUGAUAAAGAAGGCCACAUCAAAAUAGCCGAUUUUGGAAUGUGCAAAGAAAAUGUUGUUGGCGAGAACAAAGCAAGCACUUUCUGCGGGACCCCAGACUACAUUGCUCCGGAGAUCCUGCAAGGUUUGCGGUACACAUUCUCUGUGGACUGGUGGUCAUUUGGGGUCCUGCUGUAUGAGAUGCUUAUCGGACAAUCCCCUUUCCACGGGGAUGAUGAAGAUGAAUUGUUUGAGUCAAUCCGAGUGGACAUCCCUCACUACCCACGCUGGAUUACCAAGGAAUCAAAAGAUAUAUUAGAAAAGCUAUUUGAAAGGGAUCCAACAAGACGACUUGGGGUCACUGGGAAUAUCAGAGACCAUCCUUUCUUCAAAACCAUCAACUGGACGGCGCUAGAGAAGAGGGAGGUAGACCCUCCUUUCAGGCCAAAAGUGAAGUCAGCAAGCGACUACAACAACUUUGACAGAGAAUUUCUGAGUGAGAAGCCAAAAUUGUCUUACAGUGACAAAAACCUGAUCGAGUCCAUGGAUCAGUCUGCAUUUGAUGGAUUUUCUUUCAUUAACCCUAAAUUUGAACAGAUCUUAGACAAGUAA